UGGUCGUGUGCAUGUCAGUGUAUUUAUUCAUAACCAAAUAGAAUAGAAAUAACAGGCAAAGCAAUAGAGGAACUGCGACCCGUUCAGAUACCAGUGAUUGGCCAAAGUCACGAUAAUAACGCUCAUCGCUCUUGAAUUUGUAUGCUUGUGUGUGUGUGUGUGUGCGGGUGUGUGAAUGAAAAACUUGCAACUGUGAAAAUAUAACCAAAAAUAAAGGCAAAUCCGUCUAGAGUGCGUUGACUCCUCGCCAGCGACAGUGACAUAGCCUAUCAAUAGCUGGAAAGUUACAGCACCAGUAGUAGGAGCAGCGGCAACUCGGGUGGCCAUGGCGGACACGGCGACAGCAGCGACAACUGCGGCCUCCAAGAAAAAGUAUCGAAAUAAAAAGAAAACACAGCAGCCACAAAAAUCGGAGGCAAAGCCAGCACAAGGACCAGUAACUGUCAAGGCUGUUGUACAUCAGUCCAAUGGGCACGUUGAGUCUGAGGCUAAUAAUGAAAUGUCCGUAAUCAAUAGUCUCAUGGAGCAGGUGCAGCUGUGUAAUGGCCAUGUGAUCGAGGGAUCAAAGGUAACAGCGGCCUCAAUAGGAGCCACUGUCAAUGGGCAUGUCAAUAAGAGCGCUGCCAUUAAUAACAACAAUCACAUAAACAAUAACAACAACAGCAGCAACAAUAACAACGAUGUGAGUAACAUCAACUCUAGCAGCCGCAACAGAAAAAACAACAAUAGCAGCAGUAGUAAAGCGAAAAACAACAACAAGGCCCAGGUAUCAAUAGAGGACUCGGAAAGCGGAGAGCACGACACAUCAUUAGCAGCCGCGGUAGCCACUAGUAAUACAAGCACUGCCAACACACACACAACAAAAACCACAGCAAAGAUCACCGCAACGGACAGCAUCCAGGAUGAAGCGCCCUCGACAUCGGCAGCUGCCGGAGUAGGCGCAACUGUGGCACAGCCCCAAGAACAAGAAGAACAACCACAGCUCCAGCUCCAGCUCGAACCUGCCAUUUCAGCCGAUGAGAUAGUUUAUAAGGAAUACGAAGCCGAGCAUCAAAUGCAUGACAUAAUGCGUCUGAUACAGGCAGAGCUGUCCGAGCCAUAUUCGAUAUACACGUACCGCUACUUCAUCUACAAUUGGCCAAAACUAUGCUUCCUCGCUGCGCACGAUAAUCAAUAUGUGGGCGCCAUCGUAUGCAAGCUGGACAUGCAUAUGAAUGUGAGACGCGGCUACAUUGCGAUGUUGGCGGUGCGCAAGGAGUAUCGCAAGCUCAAAAUUGGCACCACGCUUGUGACCAAAGCCAUUGAGGCUAUGCUAGCGGACAAUGCCGAUGAAGUGGUGCUAGAAACGGAGAUGCGUAACGAACCAGCGCUGCGUCUGUAUGAGAACUUGGGCUUUGUGCGUGAUAAACGACUUUUUCGUUAUUAUUUGAACGGCGUGGAUGCGCUUCGCUUGAAGCUCUGGUUUAGAUGAGCCGCCGCAUCGUUAAGUGAUGUCGUUGAAAUUAUUGUCUAAUGGCCGCCAAGCGAGAGCUCUAAUUAGGAUGCCUUGUUUCGACUAUAUAGUUAACACCCAAUAUUUCCUUGGGCUGGCUUCCAUAUUGUCCACACGAACAGGACUCUUGUUUGUUUUUUUUUUAACAGACAU